CGUUAGAGGAGCCUAAUCACGCUAUAAAUACCACUAAUCUAAAUGAAUUAUUCAUUUAUCUUAUUAAACCUGCUUCAUUCCAAAGCUAUACUCUCUAGCAACAUAAAGUGGAUUGUUUUUGAAGAAACGCAAAAACAAGAAGGUUUAUACAUACUUGCAGAUAAAGAUAAGUAAAACAAUGUCACAUCCGUUCAACACCUUUGCCCUCAAGCUGAAAGUACACUGCAAGGAUUGUGGAAAGAAACUGGAAAAACAGCUGCUAAAAUUUAAGGGGGUUCAUUCUGUGAAAAUUGAUCAAAAACUUGGGAAAGUAGUCAUUUCGGGCGAAGUAGACCCUGCAAAAAUCCUAAGCAAGUUUGAAAAGUGUGGGAGAGAAGCAGAGCUCUGGCCAUGUGAACAAUUAAAAGUGAAUGAUCCGUUGAACGAUUCGGACAUUAUGGCGCAACUGGAUCAACUGUCUGAUGUCUCAGGAUUGCAUACUGUGGAGGUGACCAAAACCACUAGGAUAACUUUCCAAGGAGAAUCAACAAGCAAUAACCGCACAAUUACACAAUCGACAGUGCUUCCACAUGGUGGUGGUGGUGGGGGACUUUGUUCUGCUUCUUCAUCGUCUUGUGGUUGCCAUCGUGGUAAUGCUAGUUUUGGUUUUUCUUGUGCAAAUAACCAAAACCACUGUUCUUACCAUAAUGUACCGGUUACACUAUCGGAAGCGCUUCCACAUGGUGGUGGUGGAUUUUGUUCUGCUUCUUCGUCAUGUUGUGGUGGCCACGGUGGUAAUUAUACUAGUUCUGGUUCUUGUUAUGCGAAUAACAGGAACAACUAUUCUUACCAUUGCCCGCGGCCGCAGCCAAUGGGGUAUAUUCCUGAUCCACCUAUGGUACGACCACAACGGUCAGGCGAUCGUCCUAUUCCAUCAGCCCCUCUUAUGCCACCUGAUUAUUUUCAUCAGCCAAUACCAUCACCACCUGCACCCUCGUGUGCCUCCUUCCUAUUACAAUGUCUUAAGUGACGAGAACGUAAAUGGCUACCAUAAUCCAAUGGUGUGUGUGUGCGCAGAUGUGUGUGUUUUUCAUGUUAUACUAUGUGGUAGAGGUCCAGUUUUUAUCCAAAAAAAAAAAAAAAAAAAGGAGUGGAGGAAAUACAGAAAAGUCUAGCAGUAGUUCUUCAUGUAAAAUAUGUUAUGUUGUGCUUUUCUUUUUCGACGAUUGUAAAGUGUGCUUAGUGUGUGAUUUCUCCAAAAAAAAAAAAAAAAAAAAAAAAGAGUUUGCUCGUUAGUGUGAAUAUUAUCCCUUUGUUAAUACAGUAGUUAAUUUUAACCUUGUC